AGUAUUCCUAACGAAAGAAUGCAUUUCCUAGUGUUGAUUUUGGUAUUUGGUUCACUUUUUGGCAUCAUUAACACUGACAAAGUCUCACCCCGCCCCAGCCUUAAAUCCUUCAGAGAUGACUAUGACAGUGUGGCUAAAACCUGUGUGGCUGUCGGAUAUGUUAAGGACCACUGCAAAAAGAACCUGGAUAGAAAAAAUAUGGUAAUAGCAUUCAACGCCAAAGCCAAAGGAAGUGUUCAGUCAGUGAAUCAGGGUAAUAUUGUCAUGUUUGGAGAAGUCGAUCUGAAUGUAGGAGGUGGUUACAACGCGGUUAAAGGAACUUUCACCGCCCCCAAAUCUGGAGUGUACGUCUUUGAUUGGACAACAAUGACGUACACUAACAAAGGUGCAUACACCUCACUGGUCUUGAAUGGUAAAAGAAGCGUAUUUAACCAUUGCUCCAACAACAGCCAUUCUAUCAACAUGUCAUGCAGUAAAAUGGCUGUCAUCAGAAUGGAAGCAGGAGAUAAGGCUUGGAUUGAUAGCUUCUCUGGGACAUCUUCUGUUUACAACACUUAUUCUUCUUUUUCUGGCUACAUGUUGUAAAUGCUCAAUA